AAGGUUUUUAUUCUUGUGAAGAAAUGUGUUGAGAAUAAUUUGGACUGUUUUAUAUUUAGUGGCUGACCAGGAACGAAUAGAGACAUGAAGUGAAAUAAAUAGAAAACAAAUCAACAAACAACCAGGUUCCUCUGGAGUUUAGUUUAUAGACUCGUUGUCUCUCCGUCUGUUUCUCCUGAUCCUGACUUCACUCUGGAUGGGUUAUUGAUUUUAACUAGUCAUGAUGAAGAUGAUCUGCAGCAUCCUGCUGCUCCUCAGUCUGACCUCCUGUGUCUCUGGAGCAUUUGUAGUGAAUGUGACACAGACCUCCUAUCAGGCAGAGGAGAACCACAACAUCACACUGGAGUGGAUGUUCACAACCAGAACCAGCAGUUCCUCCAAAUCACUUUAUAUCCUCUGUUACCUGUUAGCUGAUCUCAGAUCCUCAGUCAUGUUUCAUCUCCAUGAAGGUGUUGAGGUCCCAGAGUCUCUGGAUGAACAGUUUGCAGGACGAGUCCGGUGUGACAAAGACGUCCUCAGAGACGGACGAAUCAGACUUCACAUGUCCAGACUCAGGAUUAAUGACUCUGGUGUGUACCAGUGUGACGUGCUCACAGGUGAUGGUAGUGGCUCUAGGAUAUGUCACCUCAAUGUCACAGCAGCUGCUGAUGAGCCCAAAUUUCACGGACACACAAUGAGCUUACAAACAGAGAAUCGGGGAAGGAUCGGCCUCUACGUUAUACUGACAGCAGCUCUACUGGCUCUCUGUGCUGGACUCUGCUUUGCCUUCCUUCAUAAAUCUGCUUGUAAAAGAGGAAAGAUCUAUAGAGCCGUACAGACAAUAAGAUCCUCAGUGAAACAACCCAUCAGGACUAACCAAGCGGUAACCUCCAGUGUUGAGAUAAGGUUGUGUCUAGAAGGUAACCCCCAAGCUGCGAAAAUGUGCAAAAACUCUUGCAAGACUCACUGCCUGACGACAUAUCCUAACCUCAACCAUUCAAGGUCAAUACCUAACCUCAACCAUUCAAGGUCAAUGCCUAACUUCAACCAUUCAAGGUCAAUGCCUAACCUUAAUUCAUCAUCACUGUAUGAAAAGUUCAUCAUUAAGAUUUCGCUGUAAGUUGGUUCAGUUUUCCCUCCAGCUGUUAUCAAUCAUGUGAUUUAUGUCCUCUGUUUACUGAUGGAUAUUGUUACCUUGCACUGAAUAUCCUAAUGUUACCUUUAUAAUGUGUCCAUACUAAAAAUGUAGUGAUUCCUUCACUGUGGCCCUUUAGAGUUUUUCAGAUUUUAAUCUGUAACUUCUUUAUUUUUUAUGGUUUUCAUCACUUAUUCUUAUACUAAAUGUCCUGACUGCAUCACUACAGUAACGUUCAUUUUCUACAUUUUCCUUUUUUAAUUUCUAUAAUAUUUUUAAGACAUUUAAAUUAAUUUUCAUCAAGCCUUGUGCAUCAUUGGACAUAUUGAUAUACUGUAAAAACAGAAAGAAAAAAAAGAUUUAAGAUUUUUUCUACACCCUGAAAAAUGUAGCCAGUAACCGGAGAUGUCUUCAUACACAAAACAAUAUAACAUAUGUUGUUGUUUAUGACGGAUAUUGUAAUUCUAAUGUCUAAAGACUUCAUCAUCAUUUUAUGUAUCUCAACAUUGAGACCACAGUUGUGGGACAUGAAGACAAAGUGAUGUUUGGACCCAUAAAAUUCUCCUUAAACUUUAUUUAUCAUUCAUUAUGUCAAGAUGGGUAAUAACACUGUGCAUAUAUUUUUGAACAAAAA